AACGGCAGAACAAGGCAAUGCACAUUUCAUCACCAUUUCAGGGGGACAUUGCAAUACUUAGUGCUGCCUACAGAGCGGGUACAUGUAAUUAAUACCCCUUUCACCCGAGCUCCACAUAUACAUCGGUUUUUUUCUUAGUACGUUUGGCAUCAUCUAUAUAUUGUGAUCAGUUUAAAAUGUUUAAAGCGAAGCUACUUGUUGUUGGACCGAGUGAGAGUGGCAAAACAGUUUUGGCAAAUUUCUUGGCUGAUGCUACUGAGACCAUUGGUGGAGAUUAUAGCCCAACUCAAGGUGUGAGGAUUCUAGAAUUUGAGUGUCCCAAUGUGAAUGGGAAUAAGGGCCCUGGAUGUGAAGUUGAACUUUGGGACUGUGGAGGAGAUCACAAGUUUGAAAGUUGCUGGCCUGCUAUACUGAAAGAUUCCCACGGAGUAAUUCUUGUCUUUAACCCCGACAUUCCGAGUCACUUGAAGGAGAUUGAAAUGUGGCACAGCAAUUUUAUCCAGCAGCAGAGGUUGCAAGGGAAUCAGUGCCUAAUAAUCGCUCACCACAAGCCUGGAUCAGGAAACGAUGGAGAAAAUCCAGAUCUAUCAUCCGCACUGGCUAAGUUAACUCUUGUCCAUUCCAACCUUGAUGAAGACCCUGAGGAUAUAAGAUUGGAAUUCAUAAAGUAUCUUCGAGGCAUUGUAAGCACAUUAUCCGAGAGCCGAGACCGGGAAGAGAUGUCGAUUAUUACCUAAUCCUGUACUGACCGCUGGUAAAUGAUGCAUUGUAUCCUGCUAUCUAGCAAUUUCCUUUUUUCCUGAUAACUAGACUUGACACAUUUUCUUUGCAAAAGUAGAACUUACAAUUACAGAAGUAUCAGUAAAGGAGAUACCACAGCUAACGUUAUGAAAGUCAUGUGAAAUGUUUAUCGAAUUAACUUUCAGUAUCAAUGUUCUUUUUUUAAUAAUCAUAUAUGUGAUAUUGUAAUUUUUUUUUACCAAUACAUGCUUGGUUUAUUAUUUUAUGCAAAUGAAAAAUGUAUCAGAAGAGUUAUUUAAAAGAAAAUGUAUUCAAACAGAAA